AUGGAGGCACCGCCCUGACCAUCACCCCCCGCCCCCCGCCAGGUCGUGGCAGGUGAGUCAUCGUGGUGCCGCUUCCCUGAGCAUCGUGGGCUUUACCAGUAUCGGCUCCGUGGACCCUACAGUAACCACCCAAGGGUGAACCUGAGCCCAUUGACAAAUGACCGUCCCAGGUGCGGUGUCAUUUGCUUGAGGCCGCAGGCUGUGGAGGGACUUGGCUGGGGCAGGGCCUGGCAUAUGAGGUUGGUGCCUGGAGAGCCCAGGACCCGCUGUGGGAAGGGACAGGCCUUGUUGGCCUUGCGCUGUCCCCUGCUCUCACUUUAGGAUCUGGCCACAGCCUGCCCAGCCCUGGGCAGUUGGGACCCUCUGUGGGCUGGUGCACAGUGCAGCUUUGGUGGCCUCUGCAUGGCUGGGAUGGGUCACCUCCUCUCAUAGCACAAGAGCCUCCAUGUGGCCAGGUGACCCCACCUCGCUCUCUGGGAGGCUCCUGGUGGUGGGUGCUGUGGGUCUCUGAAAGGGGCUGUUUGGGGGACCACUCCCCAUGGCACUGUACAUCACUGGGCAGCACAGCCCCCUCUGUCAGCUCUCCCCGGCCGCACCCAGCAUUCAGUUAAAUGCCUGCUAGGCACUGGGCAGGCCCGCCCCGCCCCUGCCAAGCUCAUGAGGGGCACCUGACGGGCUCUCCGAGGGAGAACCAGGUUGUGCACAGUUGAAGGCAGUGUGUUCUAGGGCCCUGGAUCCUGAGUCCUCACCCAGGCCAGGGUUGGCCCCUGCCCUGCCCUCCCCAUGACAGGUCCCAAUGUCCUUUGGCUUCUGGGUAUCCCUCUGUUUCCCUAUGUUGGCUCUGCCUAUGCCCCUGUCUGCCUUCCUUUGUGGCUGGCUAGACAUGUGGGCUGUUCCCCCAACUCCCACCCUGAGGCCCCAGCCCCCUUGUCUUGGGGCCGUUGGGCUCCUCCUAGUCGCUGGGAAAGGGGGACCACCAGGAUGACACAGCCUGGUCUGGGGUCCCGAUAGGGCUUCUGGUAGGACCUUCCGGGGGCUGGGCCUCCUGGUCUGGAUAAAGGCUGGCUGACGAGGCUACCUGGGGUGGGAGGUGUGGACGCCCGCUCCGGGCCUGCUGCUGCCUGGGGCAGCUGAGGUGUGGCAGUGCCCCACUGAUGGCAAAGUCCGUCCCUGGCCAGGGCAGCUUCCUGAGGGCAGUGAGGACAGGACACUGCUAGGGGGCUGUGGCUGGAGUGUGCGGGCGUUAGGUCAUGCUCUUGACCUCUGGGCUUGGCCGCUGUGGCCGCCCUGGCUUCGCGCUGCUUUCAUCUCUGGCAGGGACAGUACUAUCCCCAUCACCGAGCCGGGGUCUGAAGGCUGGUCGUUGAUGAGGUGGUGGCCGAGGGGUGCUGGGGGCCUUCCCACCCGGCGAGGGCCCCCAGCAAGAAGAGGCCCAGCCGCACCCCUUGAGCUCAGAGUGGCCGAGGGGACCAUUUCUGUCAACGUCCCCAUCACUGUCCUUGUCUGGCCGCCCCACUACGAGUCCUCCAUGUAAGAGGCACACUGUGCUGGCCGCUGCUCGCGGGGUGGGUUCUCCACACCUGGAUUUCUUCCCGCUCCCAUUCAGUGGCUUUUUAUCUGGUCUCGGAAGCUGAGCCCACAGUGUGUGAAUGGGGGUGCACCAGAUGGUUCUCUCUCUCCGGAUGCCUUGGAGGGCCCCGUGGGAGGGGUACUGCCUGUCACCACUGCCGCCUCCCCACCCCAGCCACCAGGGUUAAUUCGUGCAUGACGGCAGCCAUGCUGGGCACUGCCGGGGACCAGACCUCGGUCAUCUCCGGUCUCUACUCGAUCCGUUCUUAUGGGCUACAUACGCACUUUCCAGGGCCACAGUUGGUGUCAGGUGGGGAAACUGAGGCUGAGCAGGCCAGUGGUUUGUCCUCAGGCCCCUGCAAUCCAGUGGGCCGUGGCAGGAGCCUGGACCGAGGCUCCCGUCCCCUGGAGCGGGACAUGCAGUGCGCACGGCGCAGCCGCCCAUCCCCAGGACAGGCUCAAUAGAGGCUGGGGGCUGGGGGCCCUGUGCCGACAGUCCAGCGCAUUUCCUUAAGGGGCGGGGUUGGGGGGGUGGUGUGUUUGCUGCCACCUCUGCGGGGGCUGGUCCAUCGGGGGCUGCUACCAUGGGCCUGGCCCCAGUUGUGCUCACAAAGUUAGUCUUUUAAAGAGCUGAGCCAGGUGGAGGGCUCGGGGCAGGGUGACUGCCCCGGGCGAGUGGGAUGGGGAACUGGGGCUGGACUCCCUGGGCCUGCUGCUCUGGGACCCCAAGGAGAGAGGAGGGGUCACCAUGGGCUCUGCCCGGCUGUCCAUCUCGGGGCCUCUCCCUCCCAUGCCACUUGCUCUCUCCUCUCCUGCCUCAUUUUCUCAUCUGCCUCCCCUCCUGGGCUCCCCUCCCUCACCCAGGGUCUGCCCGACCCCUUCGCCCCCUCCCCCCCUCGCUGGCCCCGCCCGCCCUGGAGGAGUUGGGCGGCUCUGCCAGCCCUGCAGACUGUUUGGAAUAGUUUAAAUGCUUUGACACUCGGCUGUACUGGAUGGCAGGGCGGCAGUUUACUGGGUAAUUCAUAUGCAAAACUGCACUAUAAAUUUCCAGGCUGUCUCAGUUGCCGUGGCACCACGAAGCAUCUCUCCACGUACAGUACAGUAUUUCUGCCAUCUUUGUUUGCAUUGCAGUGAGUCAUCAAAAGUCUGUCUUGUACCAACACCCGGAGCCGCGCAUUCCUCUGGCACCAACACUCCACUGUUUUUAAAGCCGGGGCUGGGAGCUGGCAUUUACUUCGGCUCCCAAAUCAAAGGCGGCUAUUCAUUCCCGAGAGCUGCCUGAAUGUCCGUCUGCAUCCGGCCUCUUCAUUUAGAUGCUGUGCGCUGCCCCGGAGAGCCGGGCUGGGUGCAGCUGAGCUGCGGCCGCCGAGCCCAGCGCCGAGACUCUCUGCCCUCCUCCUCCUCCUCCUCCUCCUCCUCCUCCUCCUCCUCCUCUCCCGGCUCCUCGCACCCUCCCCACCCCAAGGGCUCCCGCUCCGGUUGCUGCAUUCCCGGAGCAGCUGGCGGCUGCGGGCGGCCGGCGUGCGGGCGAGCCUGCCCCUGCCAGGCUGAGCGGGUAGUGCCGGGGCCACCAGCGGCAGCGGCCAAAGAUGUGCCCGCUCGGGCCGCUCCCGCGCUGAGUCUGAGGCCUGCCCACUUGCGCCUGCCCGCCAUGUCGCAGAUGCUGCACAUAGAGAUUCCCAACUUCGGGAACACCGUGCUCGGCUGCCUCAACGAGCAGCGCCUGCUGGGCCUCUACUGCGAUGUGUCCAUUGUGGUCAAGGGCCAGGCCUUCAAGGCCCACCGGGCCGUCCUGGCUGCCAGCAGCCUCUACUUCCGCGAUCUAUUCAGCGGCAACAGCAAGAGCGCCUUCGAGCUGCCGGGCACGGUGCCUCCCGCCUGCUUCCAGCAGAUCCUGUCCUUCUGCUACACGGGCAGGCUGACCAUGGCGGCCAGCGAGCAGCUCGUGGUCAUGUACACGGCCGGCUUCCUGCAGAUCCAGCACAUCGUGGAGCGCGGCACAGACCUCAUGUUCAAGGUGAGCUCGCCCCACUGUGACUCGCAGACUGCCAUGAUCGAGGACGCCAGCUCCGAGCCCCAGAGCCCCUGCAACCAGCUGCAGCCGGCCGCCACCGCCGCACCCCCCUACGUCGUGUCCCCCUCUGUGCCCAUCCCACUGCUGACCCGCGUGAAGCAUGAAGCCAUGGAGCUGCCACCGGCUGCCGGCCCGGGCCUGUCCUCUAAGCGCCCGCUUGAGACGGGGCCCCGGGAUGGUGCGACGGUGGCGGCGGGCACUGCUGUGGCGGCAGGUGCGACCCCUCUCAAGCUGCCCCGGGUCUCCUACUAUGGGGUGCCCAGCCUGGCCACCCUCAUCCCCAGCAUCCAGCAGGUGCCCUACUCCCAGGGGGAGAGGACCAGUCCGGGGGCCAGCAGCCUGCCCACCACCGACAGCCCCACCUCCUACCACAACGAGGAGGACGAGGAAGAUGACGAGGCCUAUGACACCAUGGUGGAGGAGCAGUACGGCCAGAUGUACAUCAAGGCCUCCGGCAGCUAUGCAGUGCAAGAGAAGCCAGAGCCUGUGCCGCUGGAGAGCCGCUCCUGUGUCCUCAUCCGCCGCGACCUGGUGGCUCUGCCCGCCAGCCUCAUCAGCCAGAUCGGGUACCGCUGCCACCCCAAGCUGUACUCCGAGGGGGACCCCGGUGAGAAGCUGGAGCUGGUGGCAGGCUCCGGGGUCUACAUCACGCGCGGCCAGCUGAUGAACUGCCACCUCUGCGCUGGGGUGAAGCACAAGGUCCUGCUGCGGCGGCUCCUUGCCACCUUCUUUGACAGGAACACGCUGGCCAACAGCUGUGGCACGGGCAUCCGUUCGUCCACCAGUGACCCCAGCCGCAAGCCUCUGGACAGCCGAGUCCUGAACGCUGUGAAAUUGUACUGUCAGAACUUCGCACCCAGCUUCAAGGAGAGUGAGAUGAAUGUGAUCGCCGCGGACAUGUGCACCAAUGCCCGCCGGGUCCGAAAGCGCUGGCUGCCCAAGAUCAAGUCCAUGCUGCCCGAGGGCGUGGAGAUGUACCGCACGGUCAUGGGCUCCUCGGCCGCCGGCGUGCCCCUCGACCCCGAGUUCCCGCCCGCUGCGGCACAGGUGUUCGAGCAGCGUAUCUAUGCCGAGCGCCGCGGGGACGCCGCCACCAUUGUGGCCCUGAGAACUGAUGCCGUGAAUGUCGACCUGGGCGCCGCCAACCCCGCCUUCGAGGCCAGCGAGGAGGCGGAUGGGGCCGGCUCGGUCAUCCAGGAGGUGGCCGCGCCCGAGCCGCUGCCCGCCGAUGGCCAGAGCCCUGGGCAGCCCUUCGAGCAGGGCAGCGCCAGCUCCAGCCGGCCCGCGACGCCGGCGGCCAGGAGACAAGAGGGCUCCUACGCGGGGACCUUGUAGAGGCCAGGAGACGCUCAAGGGACCGGUACUAGAGCUGCUUGCAUGCGUUACUAAUACGACAAAUGUGAUCAAGCCACUUACCUACUGAACUGCUACUGUUGCCUGAACAAAAUGUGAUUUUUAUUCUGCUUGUAUUUAAAGUUGAUGAAGGAGACAAAUGCAUUCAUUAUACUGUAAACGGUUAGGCCCCUGCGACCCUGUGCGAGAGGUCCCAGGGCUGUUUUUGAUACUCGAGAGUUUUGUCGCCUGCCCCUUCUGGGGGGGCAGGGGCGAGAGGCCCUGGUGCCCCCCUCUGCCCACACCCCUUGUCCUUCCUGCUCCCUCUGCCCCAGGGGACGAAGCCUGAGGCCGGCAGAGUAGGGGCAUGUGACACCGUUCCUUGCCCACCAGGACUCUGCCCACCCCGCUGGGGCCACGGGCCAGGGCUGGGCACCCAAGGGCCAAACACCUCUUGUUUUUCCUUCUUCCUGAGACUUGGGGGUCAGGCCUGCCGGGUCCACCAUGCGUGUGGGGUGUGGGUGUGUGUGUGUGUGUGUGUGUGUGUGUGUGUGAGAGCAUGUGCAGGGGGCAUGGUGAGGGCCCAGCUAUGGGCCUUGCCAGUCACUGGCUGCAGAAAGUGUUCUUGGCUGUACCUGUGCUCUGCCCCACAGCCUUGGGGUCUGCCCACCACCCGCAGCUCUUGGGCCACCAGCCCUGAGUACCCGCUGGCCCCCACCUGGCCACCCGCCGUCUGUGGGGUGAGGCCGCCCCCGGUGCAGCCCUCAGCCACGCUGGGAUUCUGUCUGUUUAUGUUUUCGUCUUAAUUCAGAUCUAUUUCAUAUAUGGUUUGGAAACUUUCAGACCCAAAAGAGCAAAAAAUUAGGGAGGAUGGGGUGUCCCUGCCCCCCAACCCACUGUGGCUUGGGGGUGCAUCAUCUGUAUACCAUGUCCCCCACCCCUGUCAGGUCUCACUCACCUCCUGUUGGGGGUGGGGGUCCCAGGGGAGUGCAGCAGGUUGUGUGACUGGUGGAGACAGAGGCCACGUGAGAGCUGGCCUGGGGGGCUCCCUUGGUGCGGGCCCCCCCGAAUUGUGCUCCAAGCCCUCGGGAUGCACCUCUGAGACUGCGGGUGGGGGGCCGUGGUCGCAGGACUGAGCUGGGCCGGUUAGCAUGGGGCUGGCAGGAGCAGCCGCAGGUGGGGAGGUUCUGGACUGCAUGGCUGGGGCAGGAAGGAAGGGCCACGGAGGUUGUCGUUGUGUUUGAGGCUGGUAUGCUUACUCUGAAGUUUAGUUGCUGGUUUUUGGGGAGAGGGGCACAGGUUGUCCAAAGUGGCUGCUCGUCCAGGGGCUGCCUUGCUCCCGAGUCCCAGGCAGCCCCAGGCGUGGUCAGAGACACCGCCUCCACUCCCAGGCUUGAGGGAGCUGUUGCUGCUUCCCUUUGUCCCUAGUGCUGAGCGAGCCCCUCCACCCUGUGCGCACAGGGCCCGGCAGGUGUGGCUCAGCCCCACCCAUGCCCCACAAAGCUGAGCCUCCGCCAGCUGCAGGGCCUCCUGCCAGCUGCAGGGCCUCCCGCGGGGCCCAGUGUGGGGCAGCCUGGGGGUGCUUAGGCCCUUCCCUCUCGGGCUCUCGUUCCUGCUGACCGCUGCCCUUCGCUGUGUGGGAGAGACCUCCGAUGGGGUGGCGGCUGCCUCCCAGAUGGCACUCGGCCUCCCUGGCCUCCUCCAGCCGGGCCAAGCAUGUGCCUGCCCUCCAGAAGGAUCUGAUGGCUUCCGGAAAGGAGUGGGGGGACUCAAGGUGGGCCCGUGCGGGCUAAUCUUGGCCCCGGUACCCGCCCCUCCCUGUCCCAGUGUAGGGAGGUCCAAGCCCUAGGGUCCUGGGCCUGAAGGGCUCAGGUCUCCAGCUCCUGCUCGGGCCUCCAACCAACCAUGUGGCCCAGAGCUGGCCUCUCCCUGCCUCUUCCCUCCCAUCUCAGCCCAGGUGGGGCUGGAGCUCACACAGCCGGGGCCCCACAGCCCACUAGGGACCAGGACCGGGUCCUCCUGGAAUUGGGAGGGGGCCGUGGUGUGGGGGAGGUUCUGGCGGGGAGGCUGACCCCACCCAUCUCCUCUCUGAGUUUCCCUUCAUCUGCUCCCUGCCCCCACCCCAAUUUGCACUUUAAUUUGACCAUCCCUGGGGACCUUCAGGAGAGGGCCACCCGUCCUUGCUGUCCACAGCAGGGCUGGCUCUCUCUCCCUCUGUCUCUUCCACUCCAAAGUGGGCACGGUUCCCCCUCCCCUCGCUGGGAUCGGGGGUGCAGCUGGCCUGGCGGAGGAGGCGGUGGCCGCACAGAGAAGGCCUGACCGCUGCUCAGGCUAGCACAAUGUCCCGCGACCUCUGUCCCUCGAUUGUUUAUAACCGCCGUCUGUUUCAUUGUCCUGGGUAAGGAAGGCAAGAGCUGUGGGUGAAACUUUAAUAAUAAUUCAAUGUGAAUGGGUUCUGAGCUCUGCCUGGGCCCCGGGCGGGCCGGGCCGAGCGUUUUGCACUAAUGUCCCGCGGUGGACGUGGUCGGGAGCGUUUGCAGACGGGCAUGGCUGAUGAUUGUAUCUGCUGGGGCGCUCCCUCCGCGUCCAGAAUGUUCCGCGGGGUGGGCGGCGGUGGGCCUGGGCUCGGAGGGGCCUUCCAGAGUGCCUUAGCAUCUUUUGAUCAUUUUUCCCAAGGAAAACCCAUUAAGAAAACCGGACCCUCCCCUCCUCUGUUUACAAGACGACUAAUUCCUGUCCCGCAAGCGUGAUCCCGACUCACCCUGACCCCGUAGACCGAGAGACGAGCCACUCAGUAUUUAUGAGAUGUCUGCACCUUUAUUCCUGAGCUUGACUAUUAGCAAUACGCAUAUACUACAUAGAGUCUAUUAGAGAGCUAAGUUAUAGCAGCGCCUUUUGCAGGAGGAGAGAAGGGACUGGACCGCGUCGGAGCUGAUGGGGGCGGCUGGCCUGGCGUCCGGCCGCCGCUCUGCCCUCUCCUGCCCUCCCUGGCGGGACGGGAUGUGCCCCAGGAGGCAGCUGGGACAGAGUGCAAAAGGUCCAGGAGAAGGGACCGGGAGAUGUGACAGAUACUGUGAGCUGGGGCGGCCCCGCCCGCCCAGCCGGCGUGCCUCGGUACUUGAAUUCUGUCUUGUGUUCUGCACUGUGUCUGGUGUCGCCCAGAGUUCUCUGUGGUUGCUUCACUUUGCAUUUGACUUGGUUGUCUUAUUUGCCCCUGAAUGUGGAUGCAGCUGUGGACGAGAGGCCGCGGGGAGAGACCUCCGGGUGCACAGCCUGCAGCCCCCACCCGGCCAUCGUGGUGCUGGGCCGGGGCUGCAGGAGCCUGGGUUAAUUUCUCUGUGAAAACUCAUUCUCCGGCAUCUGCGUCUAGAGCUGGGAGGAAGGCAGAGGUGGGGCCAGGGAGGCCAGGGAGCCUGACCGGUCCCCAUUUCACAGCCGGCCCCAGCUGCUUACUGCUUAGAUUCCCCUCAGACGGGUUAUUUUUAUGGAAAUACCUUGCUGCAAGCGGAAAAAGGCCUAUGGCCCAUUAACCAACUGCCAACUCUGAGGAAAGCUCUGCUUGCCUCUCCAGCAGUCAAUCCCAGAGCAGAUUGAGAGUUCGUAGCUGCCUUGAGCUGUAACUACUGUUGCAGACUCGGCUGCUGCAUCCAUCCGUCACUGUGUCAGCCAGCCGCUCCCAGGGUGUCACCCGCCGGAGGCACACAAUGUUUCUAACACGGCAAAGGUUUUUGGUUUUUGUUUGUUUGUUUGUUUGUUUGUUUUGUUUCUUUGAAAAAAAUGAAAAGGAAAAUUAUGCAGAAUCUAACGCAUUCAGAUUGGACAACCUGCUUGAAUUCUGAUCAAUCGCUUCAUUGUAGCGUUUUGCACAUGAUUGUAAUUUUUAUGUCAAAAGAAGCCAAACUUGCAAUACUAUUUUUAGCAGACAAAAAAAAAAAGAACUAAGUAUAAAAUGUAUAAAUAUUUUUGACUUGAACAUUUGGAUGGCACUGGGUGCAAAUAGACCAUUCAUCCUUUGGACGGAAUGUUUGGGGAAAAGAGACUUUUAAAAAAAGGAGACGGUUGUUGUGAAGUCUGCUGAGCCGUCAGUAGUGCUGUAACUCACGACUGUUAUAAAAUGAAUACGCAAAUUGUUCCUGUGCUGCAUAAAGGAGAGUUGUCUCCCAAACCACUGAGUUCCAUUUCAGCCACAGAAGAUGCUCGCUUUUUUUCCUUUCGAAGAAGGAGGAACCUUUGUUCUUCCUGCGUCCUCACGCUCCCUCAAUGCUGCUACUUGGCAGAGUCAAGACUGUUGCUUUUCAGCCACGGCUGACACCGUAUCAAUAACUCGAACAACAGAAACGUCCGCCAGCAACCGGGAAACCGAGGGCUUCUAGCGCGCUCAGAGCCGAGUCGAAGGGUGGAAAUCCGUUAUGUACAAACAAAAGGAUGUGAUCGUUAAUUGUAAAGCGCUUUGUAAAAUUCACAUUUACAGAAUAAUAAAGUCAGUUCAAACCCA